UAUUAAUUUUUAAACUUGUAGUAUUAAAUGUUUUUUAAAGUUUUUAUAAAGUCUAAGUCUGAAUAUGGAUGAAGAGCAUGUAUCUUUAAAAAAUGAUGGUUCAGUGCCUCAAGGCCAACCAGCUAUACCAGCUUUUUUACUAAAACUAUGGAGAAUUGUUGAAGAUCCACAAUUUGAUCAUAUGAUUUCAUGGCACCAGAAUGGAAAGACUUUUAGAGUUCAUGACCAAGCAGAAUUUUCAAAGGAAAUUCUGCCAAAAUACUAUAAACACAAUAACUUCUCUAGUUUUGUUAGGCAAGUCAAUAUGUAUGGAUUUCGCAAAAUUAUUGAUCCAAAAAUAGGAGGUUUAAAGAAUGAAAAAGAUCAAUGGGAAUUCUUUCACCCACACUUUAGUAAGGCUGUGCCAGAUGACUUAGCAAAAAUAAAAAGAAAGGUUCAUAUUAAAGAUGAAACAAAAUCAAUGACUUUAUUUGUUGAAGAUAUUGAACGUCUAAAAAUGCAGAAUGACUUGGUUGAAGAAAAGUUUAGCAUAGUUAAGGCAGAGAAUAACCUUCUGUGGAGAGAAAUUUCAGAUUUGCGUGAAAGACAUAAAAAUCAACAAGCUAUUAUAAAUAAGUUAAUACAGUUUUUUGUAAACUUGGUGGUGGGAAGUGGCAAUCAAAAGAUUAUGAAAAAAAGAAGAGCUUUUGAUUUUCUUGAGUCUUCGUCAGCAAAAGUUCCAAAAUCUCAAGUUUUGCAGCCAUACAAUCCUCAAAAUGCAGCUUUUCAACAGUUAUUUCAAGACGUUGAAUCAUAUGAGUCAACAUCACAAGAAGACACUACACCAUACACAGUAACUGUACCACCUGAAGAGGAUGAUCAACUAUUAAAAUUAGUCUCAGAAACAACGUCAGCCAAGAUUCCUUUGCAACAAAUUAAUACUGCUUCAGUUAACGGAUCUGCGAUCCAAGAAACAAGUAAACAAAAUUCUUUUAAUAUUCUUUUGCCUCCUUCUUCAUCUAAGACUCCAAGUUACUCAAAUUCAAAAACAAUAAAAAUUACUCAAGUACCAAACCCAAGCACUAAAAGUGAUUCUGUCAACAAAAUGUCAACAAAAACAAUUAAAAUUGUCCCCAGUGAAAAACCAAAAUCAACUGCAAAGCACAAUAAUGCUAAAAAAACUAAAGUUAUAGAACAAAAUAUUCCAGAAAGUUUUCCUGUUAGUAUAAAAGAUUUAUCUGAGAUUAAAGAUGAAGCCAUAUUAGAUUUAUCAUAUUUGGAAAAUAUUAAUACUGAAGCUAUUUCAAUUGAAGAUCUAUCAAAUAUUACACCUACUGUGUUAGCAGCACCUAUUAUUGAUCAUGAAACAUUAAAUUCAAAUCAACCAACAUCACUUGUAAAAAGACAACUUAGUGUUGCAGAUCGUGAAACUAUCUCACAAGAUGUCGACCAAAUUUCAAAAAGUCUGGAUGUUUUACAGAGCAUGCUUGAUAAAAAUCAGUUAAACUUGGACUUAAGGAAUUUACAAAAUGUAGCGUAUAAUCAAUUACCAACUCAAGUUUCACUUUUGGAUCUUUUACAGAUGAAUCAACGACAGAGUGAAAUUGAAGAUCUAAUAGAAAGUGAACAUGAUAAAAAAGCUCUCGAAGAACAAGGUCAGUUGUUACCUUACACCGUUCCGUUUUCACCAAGUCAACUAAUCGACGAGGACUUUAGUGAAGAAAAUCAUAUUCAAGAAGGUUUACAACCUAACCUCUUCGAUGAUGAUUGUGGCUUUUGAUUUUUAUUUUUUCAAAAAACAAUGAAAAUAAUUUAACUGAAAUGUGUUAAUUUCUUAUUUCGCUAUUUUUAAAAUGCUGAUGUUCGUUUCAAUUAUGUACGCUAUGA